AACAAAAAUGGAGAGGAGUGACUGACGUUUGACACUCAACUGCUAAAAUUCUUGUCAAAUAAUCUCAUGGCUGUGAUAUUUCUAUGAAUAUGGCUUCUGUUAAGGUAGCAGUGCGCGUCCGACCUUUCAAUCAAAGGGAAAAUGAUCUACACUGUGCUUGUAUUGUAGAGGUUGAAGGCAAGAAAACAAGACUAAACAACAAUAAGGCAGCUUUGGGAGAUGGCUCAGAGAAUAGAGAACGCGGGAAGGACUUCACCUUUGACUAUUCAUACUGGUCCCACAAAGAAGAAGAUAGACAUUUUGCACCUCAGGUACAGAUAUAUGAAGAUCUUGGAACAGAUGUUGUAUCCAAUGUUUUACAAGGGUACAAUGCUUGUGUAUUUGCCUAUGGUCAGACUGGAAGUGGGAAGACCUUUACAAUGAUGGGGAGCCAGGCAAAUCCAGGUUUAAUACCAAGAAUCUGUGAAGCCCUGUUCUCAAAAAUGGCUGAAGGCAGGGAAGCCGGAACUACUUACAAGGUAGAGGUGAGCUACCUGGAGAUCUACAAUGAACGAGUGAAAGACCUUCUUCGACAAGGCAGUGAGAACGCUACCCACUCUUUGCGUGUGAGAGAACACCCAAAACUUGGACCUUAUGUCCAAGACCUCUCCAAUCACUUGGUUCAUCAGUACUCUGAUAUCCAGGAGUUAAUGGUAAGGGGAAAUUCCAUCCGAACUACUGCAAGUACCCACAUGAAUGAUACCAGCUCUAGAAGUCAUGCCAUAUUUACUGUAACAUUUAUACAAGCAAAACUACUGUCAGACAUGCCCCUUGAAACACGGUCUAAAAUCCAUCUUGUUGAUUUAGCAGGCAGUGAACGUGCUGAUGCCACAGGAGCCACAGGCCAGAGGCUCAAAGAAGGAGCACAUAUUAACAAGUCCCUAGUCACACUAGGCUCCGUCAUAAGUGCUUUGGCUGAACAAGCUGCAAAAGCUACUACAGGAAAGACAGUUUUCAUUCCGUAUAGGGACUCUGUCUUGACAUGGCUUUUGAAGGAUUCUCUUGGUGGCAAUUCAAAAACCAUCAUGAUUGCAACAAUCUCUCCAGCUGAUGUUAAUUAUGGGGAGACAUUAAGUACUUUACGAUAUGCAAAUCGUGCGAAGAAUAUUAUCAACAAGCCAACCAUCAAUGAAGAUCCAAAUGUGAAGCUUAUCAGAGAAUUACGAGAGGAGAUCAUGAAGCUUAAGAGCAUGAUUCAUGAGUUUGCAGUUGUUGGGCCAGAGGAAAGCAGUGAGAAGGGCAGUAUACUGGCAACACUGAGUCAGAAGCAAGCCAAAGAAAAGGAACUCACAGACCAGUGGACAGAGCGAUGGAGUGAAACACACACAAUCCUCCAGGAACAGAAGACCCUUGGGUUAAGGAAGGCUGGACAAGGUGUAAUCCUUGAUUCAGAACGUCCCCAUCUGGUCCUAAUAGACGACAACCUCCUGACCACAGGAGUUACAUUAUAUCACCUUAAUGAUGGCACAACCACCAUAGGAUCUCUGCCAUCUCAGGAUAUUAAACUGGAGGGAGGAGAGGUGCUUGAGGAACACUGCACUAUCCACCUGCAUGAGGGAGCAGCGGUGUUAGAAUCCCGGCCAGAUGCUCAGUGCUGGGUCAACUCGCAGUUUGUUGAUAAACCCAGUAGGCUCACUCAAGGAUGUGUGGUAGUGUUGGGAGGAAGUCACAUGUUCCGCUUCAACGACCCCCAAGAAGCAGCAAGGCUAAGGAAGGAAGGAAAUAAGACGCACCUUAAUCUCUCCCGCCUGUCCUUCUUGUCAAGAUCUGCCACCGAUCUUGUCAGAUCAUUUGACAAUCUCUCAGGGAUGGAGAGUGACUCUGAAAAGCAACAGAUGGAUGUCAACAAUGUGUCGCGUAUGACCAAGAUGUCUAGAUUAGCUGAGGCAGCAGAUUUGUGUGAAAUGUCUACCCAAACAAGUCUGCACACACACAGCCUCCAUGAUUGGCAAUUCUCCAGCCUGACAUUACCGCUACCAGGAGAUAAGGAAGAUCCAAGGAUGGGAAACACUUCAGUGAAUUCAACACCAGCCUCAGACACCUUCUACACUGCUACCUCUGUCCUUUCUCCUGAGCCUCGUGACCUGAUCUCACCUGUGUCUCCUUUACCUCUUGAUGGUCCCCCCACGGAAUGUGUCAAAGAGAGAAAGGAGCUUAACCAGGGUGGACAUGGUGCCUUUGUUAAUGAGAAGAGUGAUUCUAUUCUUGAAGUGCCUAAAGAUAAAUAUGUAAGUGGUGAUUUAUCACAAAUGAAAGGAGAGGAACCUUCAGCAAGUGCAGCUAGAAAUCUACCACAUACACUAAAGUGUGAUGGUGAAGAGCUUGUCUCUAAGAAUAUCAGAGUAGUUGCAGGAGAGAUUCCUAGAACUCCAGAUUAUACCAGUGCCAUAGCCAAAGAUAAUCUAGCAGCUUUCCUUACAUCUCCUAUCCUACAAGUUGAAGGUGAGCGCAUACCACAUGGAUCACCAGUUGUAGGAGGAGCUGCAACAUCAACACCAAUAAAAGUAUCAGGUUCUCAUGGUCUCAGGAAAGGCUCUGUAGAUAUAUUGAAUCAAGCAGAAGCUGAAGACAAAAAAGAAACCCUCACUUCAUACUCAUACAAGGCAAGUGGGAAUGAGUCUUCCUAUGAGGUAUACAGUGCACCCUCUGAUAGUUGCUCUAGUGACCAAAAUGUCCCUCCUUCCUGUGUUGACAAUAACAACAGACAGUUAGAUAAUAACAACAAAGGUUGUGCAAAUGGAAAUGUAGAAAAUCAGUCUCAAGUGGAUGUUAAUCAAAAGAGUAUUGACAAUGAAGGAUCCUCAGGAACAGAAGGCAAAGCAGUAGUAAAUAAAGAAUAUGAGAAGUCUGCAGUAUGGCACUCAGGCCUUGAAGAUGUUUGUGAAAGUAGUGCUCUUAUUUCUCCUGAAGCUGAAGUUGCCAAGGCAUCAGAAGUGCUGUUAAGACUUCGUGAAGGCUCAGAAAAACAAGACACCAGUGUCAGUGAACAGAUUCGUGAACUUGAAACACUAAAACAGCAUUAUUGCAACCUGGAAGAUCAGAUCUUCAGCCAGCCAUUAGGAACAAAGGACAUGGCUGCCCCAAAGGACAAGAUGCAAGGAGAUGAAGAAGCAAGGGAAGACAAAGAAAAUGGACACCAUGUUGAAAGACCCACUGAUCUUCCAUUGGAUUCUUCACUUCUGCAGGAGGAUAGAUUGGCUCUCUUGAUUGAACGUGAAGUCCAGAGGCGUGUGCUGGAAGAAGUUGUGGCCCGAGAGAGUGCAGCACUAAGCUCAAGAACGAAUCCUAGGAGGAAUUACAGGUCCAUGAGUACUUCAGUUGAUCCUUGGAAUCUAGGAUUAAGAGUGCUUACCCCUUCGGAAGUGAGGCCAUAUACUUCCAUGAGUGCUGGAUAUGAGAUGGAAGGGGAAGUUGGGAACCACCUUUAUCAGAGUGCUACAUCUGCAGAUGAUUUGCUUUUAACACCAGCACCUUUGCAGUCACCCAUGACUGACUAUGAUAUGUCAUGUGGGAUAUGUGUUUGUAUACCUGGCUAUGAAAUGAGAGGAGCUGGAUCUGCAGCACAUUGGGAAUAUGAGGUGAAAAUAGCUGCUGGGAAUGAUUCUUGGACAGUAUUCAGAAGAUACAGACGAUUCAGGGAGCUUCAUAUGUACAUGUGUCACAAAUAUGGCCAACCUGUGGAAGAACUUUACUUUCCACCACGGAGGUUAUUUGGCAACUUCACAGAAAGGGUUGUAGCUGAGCGCAGAGGACAGCUUGAGGUUUACCUUCAGCAGCUGAUAGUUCUGUGUAGUGAACUAGAAGGCUCUCCACUGAGCGGCUCCUCUCCCUCUCGGGCAACCUUGGCCGCCUUCUCUCCCUUCUUCCAGCGAGGAGUCUUUGAAUCUUCCAGACAUACAACAAGUUAGACUAUAGAAGAAGAACAUUGUUAUUUGAAAAGAUCAGUCCUAUAAUAUCUGAUAUUCAAACAUAGAGGAUCUAUUUUGUGAUUUUCAAGGAUAGUGGAUAUGUUUUGUAUGUAUAUACAUGUGGCUGCCUCGGAGGGAAAGAAUCUUUUGCCAAUUUAUUGUUAAAAAUGAGGUUCAUGAGGUGUAAUAUAAUGUUGACUGUUAUUUGAUACGAAGUGUAUCCAUUUAAGUAUUACCUGAAUUGUGGCAGUGUUAAUGUACUUGCUAAAAAAGAAAAAAAAAUACUAGUCAUUAUGCAUCAUGUAAAUUCAGUAAAAUUGUACGUGAAGGAGGGUAGUAGCUUUUUAUGAAGAAAUUCUUGUAAAUUUGUCACUGCUCUGAUACCAUUAAUAUCAGACCUUACAUAGAUCAGAGUGAAGUUGACUGUACAAAUACCAAAUUGCAUUUAAAAUUAUUUGUAUUCUAGCAGUAGAUAAUGUUAUUUGCUGACAAUUGAUAUAAGAAAAAUUUGGAAGAAAUAUUGUUACCAUUUAUAAAUCAUACUGUAAAAAGAAAAUUCACUCAUGUUGACCAUUCAAUAGUAUCACUAGAAUUAAAUUUCCAUGAUUUGUAAAUCAAAUUAAAAUUCCAAUAUUCUUUUGAAGAAUAUGUUGGGAUGAAUGGUAUCUUCUGGCCUCAGGAAAAUGCAGAUUAUGUAAUGGUGAGGAGGCAUAUUGCAUUUAUCUUUCUUUAUAAUUUACAGAUUUGAUUUUCAAAUUGACUUGUGAAGAAUUUAAUUCUUUUAAGAAAUUGCUAAUUUGUGUCUUUUGUGUUGUGUAUGUCUUCUUCGUAUGACACAUUCUCAUUUCAUGUCUCAGGAGUCCACAUCCCAUAAGGCCAAUAAGUUUUAUCCCAUGACUGUUUUGGAGAAAGUAGAUUUGAAUGAUAUUUAUUGAUGACUGUUAAAAGAAGAUUUGAAAAUUGCUAUUGUAAGCAAGCAGUUUAAAUCUGUUAUUUAAAAGCAACAGAGAUUAUUUUUGAGGGUUUCAGGGUAGGGUUGUAAUGUGAUGCGAAUGGUCUGUUCCAGAUUCUCACCAGAUGGAUGUGCCUAAGCCUUUGUAACCAAAAAUAGGUUGUAAUGUGUAUAUAUGAUUUUUCUAUAUAUUUUCUUUAUCAGAUGAAGAGUUUGUAAGGUUAAUCUAAAAAUCAAAACCAAAAUAAUAUUAUUACUGGUAUAUUUUCUCAAUAGCUCACCAAACCAUGCCUCUCUUACAAUCUUCUCUGUUUUGUCCAAACUGAGGAUAUUCAGAACUAAAAUUAGAGAAAUUUAGCAAUAAUUUGUGGUGGCUUUGGCACAUGAAAAAAGCUGUUUUGAUUUAGCAUUAGGCCUAUUUUUUCAGAUAUAUGGCUAACAUUUUCUAAGCAGUGUGGUCUUCAAUUGAUCAUGUAUUUGCAUCUGUGUCAUGUUAUUAAUACUUUUUUGGGAGGAAUUAAACUGAGGUUUGUGACUUGAUUGUGAUGAUAUGGUAUGUAUAUCCAGUGUUCAGCUCCUUGAGCAUCCAGCAUUUUUUAUUUUUGUAUCCACAUCAUUGUAAAUCAUUCUCUCUGGAUGUUUGUCUCCAUGUAUGUAUGUCUGUUUUUCUGUAUACAUUUAAUAUGUUUAUCUAUAUAUCCAAACUGUACACUGUUACUUAUAAUGUUUGUGAUUGAUUUGUGCUCUAAAUUUAACAAAUAUUUUGUAUUUACAUAAA